CGGAAAUAUUUGCCAUUCCCCUCCCUAUCUCGCGAUAAGACGCGCCUCACGGGACAUGUUUGAGCAGCCCAGACCGUGAAGUGUUCCCAGUCCACAUCCUCUUCCACCCCUGCGACGCAAUUCCACUCCAUCCAGUGCACUUUCACCUGCGACGGAAAAUGGGCGCCGGCGGAGGCCUCAUUCCCAAGGAGGGCUUCUCGGUAUGCGGACUUUGGAUGAGCGGAUGCGCACUGUGCACGUCGACGGUGUUCUCCAUCCUCCUCAUCGCGUUGGGGAUCGCGCUGACGGCGGUCGGGUUCUCGGACCGGGCGGAUCGGAGGCUCUUCGGGCUCGAGGACACGCAGGAUAACUACUACACGAAUCAGGACAAUGGGAGGGUCGACCCGCUGCAGCUCAUCGGGCCGAUCAUCCUCGGUGUUGGCGUUUUUUUCGCUGUGGUGUUCGGAGUGUUGUGCAUCCUCGCCUCGAAAGGCGACAGCUCCUACAAGAAGGGCCACUACUCCGUCGCCCCCUCCAUCGACUCCACCUCGACCAAGAAGAGCAGCUCCACGGGGAAGAGCACGGGUGUAUGAAGAUUCCAACGGAUUUUCUUCUGGUACAAACGCGAAAGACGAACUCCGUCGGUGACAAUUCGUGAUUCUGUGAUCGAUGGAGCCCGUGUCAGUGGUGUAAAAUGCUGCCGAACUUACUUUUCUUACGACAUUGUAGGCUUAUGUAGUCUCGGAAUAAACGACAAACGACGACGA